ACGCGUAUCACUCAUGUACAAAAUGGCCGUCGCCUGUGAGACCUUCAACAAUUUGGGGAUUUUGAAGACGUCAUUUCUUUGUUCCAGAUUGUUGGUCUGAGUAAAAUCAAGCCCAACACAAUCAUCAUGUGAUUUCUGGGUAAAUGGAAGACAGAAAAGCUGCAAAGCCCGUAAUAUGUCAACGACUACGUUGGUAUCAUACGGCUUGACCCUACUCAUCCCUCACCUCAUCACCAAGAAAUUCAACUGGGAGAGAUACAAGCUGGGUGUCUUUACCACCAAGGGCAAGAUGGAGCAAAUGGACAGGGAGAAGAUGAACAUGGCCGACAUGCUCAGCAAGUUCUGCAUCGACUGCUCGGACGUGGAGGUCAUCCCGGACCUGAACAAGAAGCCCAAAGGAGGAGAGCCUGAGACGGUUCAAGAAGCUGGAUGCUGGGUGAGGAAGCAGGGUAGAUCACGGAAAAGUUUCCAUGGAAGAUCAGCAAGGAAGACGUCACCACACUCAAAGGGAAGGUAGAAUCUCCUUCUUGCGCUCAAGCUAACCCCAUAUACAGUGAAAACUAUAAACAAGGGCCAUUUAGGCGCCAUAGUGGCUUGUAAAUGCUGGUACCCAUACAUUAAAUACACGGUAACCAGCAUUAAUGAACCAGUGAAGUGUCCUUCAUUUUGCUUCUGCUUGUUCGACUAUAAAGCGCCCUCCUUUGUCCAUGCAUAAAGACAUUACACUUAAAAUUCUUCCAAGUACCACUUUACGCUUGUUCCACGCUCGCUAUUUGAGAGCUGUGAAAAUUACUCUUAAUGUCUAUGGAGAUUGCACGAUUUCAGCAGGUGACUUAAUAUUGCAAGCACCUGAAUAUCAAUGGAAUGUCAGUGGGGUAGC